CAAAUAUUAGCCAAUCGAGCGGCUCAAUCUCUCAUACACGCGCGUUUCCACAAAUGACAACCAUCGGUGGCGCCGCCGCCUCCGCCGCCGCUCCUCGCCGCAUCAUCCCUCCGGCGACUGUAAAAUGCAAAUGUCUUCUUCUUCUGUCUUCUUCCUCCCACUCAUUCUCCCUCCCUUCUCUAUCCUCCCCUCCCGCUUCCUCUCUCAAACAUCUCCGCUCAACUCCUUUUCUCCCUAAUCUUUUCCAUCAUCAGCAGAAGAGGUCAGCCAAUUUCACUACAGUUGCUUCUCCAAGAUGCUUUGCUUCCGAUGCCAAUCAGUUAAAGAGAGCCAGAGAAGACAUCAAAGAACUUCUCAAAGCUAAAUUAUGUCAUCCUCUUUUUGUACGAUUAGGGUGGCAUGAUUCUGGUACAUAUAAUAAGAAUAUAGAAGAGUGGCCAAUAAGAGGUGGUGCUAAUGGAAGUUUAAGGUUUGAUGUUGAGCUCAAACAUGGAGCUAAUGCUGGUCUUGUAAAUGCACUGAACAUUCUCCAGCCUGUUAAGGACAAAUAUCCCGGAGUUACUUAUGCUGAUCUGUUCCAAUUGGCUAGUGCUACCGCAAUUCAGGAGGCAGGAGGACCCAAAAUUCCAAUGAAGUACGGUAGAGUUGACGUGAUUGGAGCUGAGCAAUGCCCAGAAGAAGGGAGGCUACCAGAUGCCGGUCCACCUUCUCCUGCAUCUCAUCUGCGUGAUGUUUUCUACAGGAUGGGAUUGAGUGACAAGGAUAUAGUUGCACUAUCUGGUGGACACACCCUAGGAAGAGCUAGACCAGAACGGAGUGGUUGGGGAAAGCCUGAGACAACAUAUACGAAAUAUGGACCAGGAGCUCCAGGAGGACAAUCUUGGACAGUUCAGUGGUUGAAGUUUGAUAACUCGUAUUUCAAGGAUGUGAAAGAACGAAAGAAUGAAGAUCUGCUGGUUUUACCUACUGAUGCUGCUAUUUUUGAAGAUCCAUCUUUUAAGGUAUAUGCCGAGAAAUAUGCUGAAGACCAAGAAGCUUUCUUCAAGGACUAUGCUGAAUCCCAUGCCAAACUAAGCAAUCUUGGUGCCAAGUUCGACCCACCUGAGGGUUUUGAGUUGGACGAUAGCCCUCCUGCCCAACCGGAGUCAGAAAAGUUUGAUGCUGCCAAAUACUCAUCCGGAAAGAGAGAGCUUUCAGAAAAUAUGAAGCAAAAGAUUCGAUCUGAGUAUGAAUCAAUUGGGGGCAGUCCAGAUAAGCCUCUAAAAUCAAACUAUUUUCUCAAUAUCAUUAUUAUUAUUGCUGUUCUGGCAGUUUUGACAUAUCUUCUUGGUAACUAAGUUUUCUGUAAUAUUUAACAGAAAAGCUGCUUCCGCAACGAUGUAUUAAGCGUUGCAUUACUAUUUUAUCUGGUAACCAAGGUAUCCCAAAAAUGUGUUUUGAGGGAAAAUUGGCAUCUAAAUUGCUAUUCAUUAUUAUGUUGAUAUAUAUGAGAUAAAUUGUUUGAU